AUGGCAUUGCAUGUGGAUCCUCUAAAGCGCGAACUACUCGAAGCUCGCAUUCAAGGAAAUUCAAGCCCAGGGAAUGCUGUAUCUUCUACAAGGGCCCAGGACUUAAAUUCGGACAACAUGUCGUCCGACGAUCGCUCGAAGUAUGGCCUGUCCCAAGAUUCAGCACAAAUAACAGCUGAUAACGCCUCUGUGGAUGUACCCAACAUCGUACUACACCGUCGGGGCAGACUACUCCUAACAACACAUCUGCAGAACAACCCCAGCCGUCUGAGCUUUUUGAAACUGAUACUCAUAAAACCGAAGAAAUACAUGGAGUGGAGCAAAUUCCUGGUCAGCUUACUCACUCGGAUCCUCAGGAUAGUGCCAGUUGUCAUGCUGAGGAAAGUAGCACCAGUUUUCCUAGUGCGGAUGGGAGCGUUUUCGAAUCCGUCAAUUUCCAUGGAACGGACUGGGUACCAAUCCAAUCCUAUGCUGCCCCCCAACGAAACCCACAUACCCAAUCAUUCUGUUUCACCCAAGAAAAUGCGAACUCUAUCUGGUGCUACUUUCGCUUCGACACAAGGCAACAAUUCACCCUCUAGGUUGGGUUCUAUUACUUCACCCGGCCCUCAUGGGUCUAACGUAAAUACGGGCUCUCGUGAAUCGACAACCCCCAGAAGUAUCGUUAGACGCAAACGAAGGGGACCCCUUUUUGAUGAACAAGGUAUACAACCCAAACGACCAGCUCACCGCACUAAACGAAUAGAUGAAAUGUUCAAGGCUCCCCAGUGCGGCCCAGGUGCCCAGGCCUCGGCUCACCUCCCCAACCUGCCAUGCCAAUUCACCGAGACUCCGGUUCCUGACCUGCUUAAUGGACCCUCUAAACAGGAGUCUGGCGGAGAGCACUCAGAGCGUCUGUCGUCUCCUUUUCGUGGCAGCAACAGUUCUGUUUCCUCAUCCUCAAGCUCGGCCCUCAACCGGCUCUGCAAUUCCGCAGCCCAGACCGAUCCCCUCCUAUCUCCCACGUCCUCCCCACCCGGAAGCUCCUCCACCAAUGCCACACUGAUUGAGAAUCUCCAACGGCGAGUGGCUGAAUUGGAACUAGAGUCGACAGUUCAGCAGCAGACUAUCGCCCUGGCUCAAGAACACAACGUUAAGUCACGGCAGCUCAUCCAGGAAUUGUUAAUAGAAAAGAGCAUUUUGGAGAAAAAAACCACACGACAGAAGGUCAUGGAUAACAGACUCCGACUGGGACAGUUUGUGACCCAACGCCAGGGAGCUCAUUUUGAGGAGAAGUGGAUUGAGGGAUAUCGUUUUAAGGAGCUGGACGCGCGUCGGAAAAACAUUGAGGCCAUCCGUGAGGAGAUUGAACGUAAACGCAAACAGUGGAACAAACGGAAACCGGGUGUCGAUGGAAAAAAGAACAAGUCUCGGUGGGAGGAGGUCUCCGUCGACGAGUUCUACGAGCAGGUGGAAAUCUUUGAUCUGCGUAAACAAAUGCUCGUGAAGGAAGACAAGGAGAUUCAGGGCGAACUUGAGCGGCUCGAUCGUGAACGCAAUCUACACAUUCGCGAGAUAAAACGGAUUGCUAACGAGGAUGCCUCCCGAUUUAAGGAUCACCCGCUACUCAAUGAUCGCUACUUGCUGCUCAGCCUACUGGGCAAAGGUGGUUUCUCAGAGGUUCACAAGGGCUUUGAUCUCAAGGAGAACCGCUACGUAGCUUGCAAGAUUCACCAACUCAAUCCAGCCUGGCCAAAGGACAAAAAGGACAACUAUAUAAAGUUUUGCACAGUCCUUGAGUACUGUGAGGGCAACGACCUGGACUUCUUCUUGAAGCAGAACAAAAUUAUCCCAGAGCGGGAAGCGAAGUCCAUAAUCUGUCAAGUUAUCUCCGCCCUGAAGUACUUGAAUGAGCGGAAACCACCGGUCAUCCAUUAUGAUCUCAAACCUGGAAAUAUACUAUUGGGUUCCGGCCAAGUUGCAGGCGAAAUCAAGAUAACGGACUUUGGUCUGAGCAAAUUAAUGACCGAGGACUUGUAUAAUCCCGACACAGGGAUGGACCUAACAUCACAAGGUGCCGGCACCUACUGGUACCUCCCGCCCGAAUGCUUUGAAACCGGUCGUGAACCUCCCAAGAUUUCCUCAAAAGUGGACAUUUGGUCCGUUGGAAUCAUUUUCUUUCAGUGUCUUUUCGGAAAGAAGCCGUUUGGACACAACAUGUCACAGGCUGACAUCCUGCAUCAGAAUACCAUCCUACACGCCAAAGCCAUUGUUUUUCCCUCAGUGCCAAAAGUCAGCGAUGGAGCCAAAGUGAGUGACUGA